GUGUACUCAAUUGGCCCCCAUCCACACGCAGAAAUUCUUCAAUCUCCACUGACUGGCCACUAGCUACGUUGCCAGCCAGUACAACAUCAUAUGGAGCAGUUAAGCCAAGCCAGUACCCCAUUUGUCACAGAGCGUGUCGUGUGUGUGGACAGCAGCGAGAGCACAGUGAGUGUUGGAUCUCCUCCACUGCUCGCGAAUCUACGCCCACAGCCCACGGCCAUGAGUUGCUAGCCAAGCGUUUUGGCUCUGCCCCCAUCGCCCACCAGUGAUUGACAUGGUCGUUCUUCUUCUUCUUCUUCUUCUUCUUCCCUGCAAAUCAAUUUUUAGAUGCUCCCCUGUUCUUCGCGAGCGACUGCCUCUCUUGCUUCCCCAAUUGCUAGGCUCCCGUGUGUUCUUGCCCCGACCAAAUCCAUCCAUCCACGACGACGACACAGCUAGCCCCUCCUGCCCUCCAUCUCCAUCGAUCCCGCCCGCUGUUCUCUAGCCUUCUCUGAUUCGUCUAGGUUCUUGUGCUCCAACCAAAUCCACCCAUCCCAUCUUCGGCCGUCACCAGAUCUACAGCCCCGUUUGUCUUGGUGGUCGAUGGCGUCGAGCACCGGGCAGGCAACUCCUAGUCCCGCCUCACCUGUUGCGACAAAUUCUGCUCCUCUGCCGGCGACAAACAUGGAGCCCAAGAUGGACGCCGGGCUGCUAGCAUUGACCUGCUCUGGCUCUUUCCAAGAUCUGGAAUCACUCCUCAACGGGAGACCAGCAGCCUACACCAUCGGAAGCUCGGCGACGCAGCCACCAUCUUUGUACACGGUCACUGUUGGAGGUGACACCCUUCUCCACGUGGUCGCCGCCAUCCAUGGCGACACUGAGGACUCCACCAAGAAGGCCAGCCUCGUCUUCGACAAGGCACCUAGCCUCCUCUUCGUGCAGAACAGCCAGGGAGACACACCCCUGCACUGUGCUGCACGGGCGGGGAACAUCCGAAUGGUGUCUCUUCUUGUUGAUCUCGCCAAUGGUCAGGGUGUUAACAAUGCUAAGGGGCUGCUGGAAACACAAAACAAGAACAAGCAGACAGCCUUGCACGAGGCCGUCCGCUCCGGGGACAAUGAUAUGGUCAAGUUGUUCAUGGGGGUGAACCCACAACUGGCCCGUUUUCCUGAACAAGGUACUUCGCCGUUGUACUUGGCCAUCUUACUGGAAAACAAAAUCAUCGCAAAUACACUCUACGAGUUGAGCGGCGGGGCUAUUUCAUAUUCUGGACCAAGUGGACAAAAUGCAUUACAUGCUGCUGUUCUCCGAGGCAAAG